CACUGCAAUCCUGUUUGGGUUCUUGGGACCACACCAAUGGCUGUGGGGCUCUUAUGGGGCAUUUGCACUGCUGGAAUGUUUAAAGAAAAGUCAGAUGUUCCACUGUAUAUUCUCAUUGCCAUGUUGCUCAUGGCCAUAGUGAGGAAGCUGCCCUGAUUCAGAGGAAGAACUGGGGCAGGAGCCUGGGGCGGCUGUACUGAAAGGAAGUCCUGGAAGACUCAAAGGAAGAAGAUGAGAGGAAGAGAAAUAGAACAAAGACAAAGAAAGAAAACUUCGAUCCGUCAAAGGGGGAAAAGAGCUGUGACAUUCCAUUUUCUCCACUGACGUUGUCAGCGCAGGAGUGAGAAACGGCACAAUCCAGCUUUCGCACCUGAUAAGGUUCGUAUCUAGCCAUGCUGUUUUUAUGGAUCAGCUGACACAGUUGAGUAGUCCCAUGUCUGUAAGGUCGGAAAGUGGGGAUCCGCACUUUUGUAGAGAUAAACAUCAAAUCGAAGAGGUAUCAAUGAACAAACAGCCACGGUUAAUGGAGGCUCACAGUCAUGUGAGGAGCAGUAAAGAACAGCCACUGGACUCUCUGGAGCUGUGCUGAAUGUUUCCAGAUGCAUAUGGAUUAGUCCACUGCCGCAGCGUCGAUGGACGACCGCCCGCACACCAUGAAAUAACCUCUUAGAAACUUUUUGAGGAUUCGAUUUGUUUUUUACUUUGGUAAACAGACAGAGCACCAUGGUAUUGCCACCCCCUGACAAACGGCAUGUGUGCCUAACUACCAUUGUAAUAAUGACCAGCAUGGCCUUCAUGGACGCGUACCUCGUGGAGCAGAACCAGGGUCCGCGCAAAAUAGGCGUCUGCAUCAUUGUCCUGGUUGGAGAUAUUUGUUUUCUCAUAGUCCUCCGUUAUGUGGCGGUGUGGGUGGGAGCAGAGGUGAAGACUGCAAAGCGAGGCUAUGCCAUGAUUCUCUGGUUCCUCUACAUCUUCGUUCUGGAGAUCAAGCUAUACUUCGUGUUCCAAAAUUACAAGGCCGACCGCAAAAGUCUGGAGACCGUAGCUCGGAAAGCUUUGACUUUGUUGCUAUCGGUUUGCGUACCGGGGCUAUACCUUGUUCUGGUCGCACUCGACAGCAUGGAGUACGUGAGAACCUUCCGGAAGAAGGAGGACAUGCGCGGUCGACUCUUCUGGGUGGCACUUGACCUGCUGGAUGUUCUGGACAUCCAGGCUAACCUGUGGGAGCCACAGAGGACAGGUUUGCCCAUCUGGGCCGAAGGCCUGAUGUUCUUCUACUGUUACAUUCUGUUACUUAUUCUCCCGUGCGUUUCUCUCAGCGAGAUCAGCGUGCAGGGCGAGCACGUGUCGCCUCAGAAGAUGAUGCUGUACCCUGUUCUCAGCUUGGUGACCAUCAACAUCGUCACCAUACUCAUCCGAGGCGUUAACAUGGUGUUGUUCCAGGACAGCAGGGUUUCGACCAUCUUCAUCGGCAAAAACGUUGUCGCCAUCGCCACCAAGGCCUGCACCUUCCUAGAGUACCGGCGACAAGUUAAGGAGUUUCCUCCGCAAGAUCCCACAGGCAUCGCCCUGGAGAUACAGCAAAACUCUGUGUCGCACAAUCAAACUCUGCCAAACGCUACAACCACAUUUCCUGAAGAACCUUCACCGUCCCGUGAGGUUAUUGACACGUGACUAGAGCUCAACAAUGUGUCAUUUUAAAACAUAAACAUUACGUCAACAUUAAUGGACAAAGAAACACAAGUGAGUCCAGGCCUUGUGGUUCCGUCACUACACAGCAAGGAGUUCAAUUCUAAGAGUACUUUUUUUAAGGCCAGUUUUAAAAGUCAUACUGCUGUAAAUCAAGUGUAAAUCAACACUCACUUGCACAAAUGGCAGCAAACCAGUGUUCAGUUUUUUUAUUUUAAUUGGAUUUUUAAAAUUUUGAGCUGCUGUUUAAUUAUGUUCUUUAUGGAGGGUUUUUUACUGUAAAACGAUUUUUAUGACAUACAGUACUGGUGAGUCACUUGAUGACUGGGACAAGAGGGAGUCUGUACGCAAACCCCUGAGAAGAACCUGUGGUUUACAAAAUUCCACACUUCCUUCUUCAUUUAAUUAUGCUUUUAGCUAUCAAAAUGAGUGCAGUACUUUUUUGCAGAUUUCUGAAAAACGUAUCCCAAAAACAGCACGUAAAAGGCCAAUCACAGGCUGUAAACAGGUCUAGGAAAAGAAGUGAAUGGAAAAAAGUGUUUUGAAGAUGAUUUGCUUGAUUUGAAGAUGAAAGAGAUGAUUUGAGCAUGUUUCAAUUGAAAACACAGAACUCUCUCAGGAUUCUUUGGGGAACUAGAAAAAGUUCGCUGGAAAUUCAGUCUUUGAGGUUAUGUUUGUGUAUGUGUGUGCGUGUGUGUGUAAGUAUAAGUAAGUGUA